CUUUUCAUAAUUGAAAUGGGGGGAAAAACUGCGUUAAAUCGAUAUUCUUUUAGUCGUCUUCCCAAAAGUAGUUUGUUUGUUUAUUUGUGCGAUUGUUUUCCAGCGCUCGUCCUGCGCAGCGCACCUAUGACGCUCCUGAAUCACCUGUGCGCCUGUGUGCGCAGUUCCUCGCGUUUACGACACUCCUGAGGCGUCCGCGUUGAGCUGCGCCGGAAGUGACCGGCGGCGUCUCGCUAGCAGUUCGCGCUAACCGGACCGGGACCGGCCGAGUCGACCCGUCAGGAUUCCACCGGGCCGAGCGGACAGACCGCGCAUCCCCUCCGAACCCCGAGUUCAGCUGCGGUUGGUGGCUGUGAGGAAACAGGAAGUGCUGCGCGCGGCCGGCGUGACGUGCGCUCGAAGGGGGCGUGGCCUGUAGGCGUCUUCUAACUCGCGAUUGGUGAACAGGUGUCCAGCCGUCCUGCUGUGGCUCUGCGCAGUGGGCGGAGUCAGGCUCGGACUCGGGCUGUGAUUGGCUGAGGGGGAUGAGUGGGUUGACGGGGGCUCACUGGCGGCGGGGCGGCGGGGUUGUGGUCCGCGAGCGGGGCCGGUGCGUGGAUUCAUCAUGCUGGUUGGCCCCCGGGGCCCUGCGGCGUCUGUUCGAGCUGCCGGCGCCGGUCCUGACCCGCCACCAGCUGAAGCGUCUGGAGGAGCACCGCUACAGCAGCUCGGGACGCUCGCUGCUCGAACCCGUCAUGCAGCGCUACUGGGAGUGGCUGGUGCACAGGAUGCCGCCGUGGAUCGCGCCCAACCUCAUCACCAUCGUCGGGUUGGCGACGAACAUCUUCACCACGCUGGUGCUGGUGUAUUACUGCCCGACCGCCACCGAGCAGGCUCCUCUCUGGGCGUAUCUGCUGUGCGCGGUGGGGCUGUUCGUCUAUCAGUCGCUGGACGCCAUCGACGGGAAACAGGCGCGGCGCACUAACAGCAGUUCACCACUGGGGGAGCUGUUCGACCACGGCUGCGAUUCGCUCUCCACAGUGUUUGUGGUGCUGGGCACCAGUAUCGCCGUGCAUGUGUGGUGCUCUCAGAGAGACAGAGAGAGACGAGUGUGUGUGUGUGUGUGUGUGUGUGUGUGUGUGUGUGUGUGUGUGUGUGUGUGUGUGUGUGUGUCUAACACUGGUCUCUCCUCUGCUCUGCUCAGUAUUGAUGUGACAGAAGUGCAGAUCUUCAUUAUUCUCUUGUAUCUGCUGGCUGCUGUUGGCGGAGCAGCUUUCUGGCAGUCUCCGAUUCCUGUAAUAAACAUCCAGGUGAAAAUAAUUCCAGCACUUUGCACAUUUAUUGCGGUGGUUUUCUCGUGCGCCGGUUACUUCAGAGUCAUAUUCACAGGCGGCGUGGGCAAAAACGGAUCCACUAUAGCGGGUACGAGUGUGUUAUCGCCCGUCCUGCACAUCGGCUCGGUUAUCGUCCUCGCCAUGAUGAUUUAUAAGAAAUCAGCCGUGCAGCUGUUCCAGAAACACCCCUGUCUCUACAUUCUGGCCUUCGGCUUCGUUUCGGCCAAAAUCACCAAUAAACUAGUGGUGGCUCACAUGACGAAGAGCGAGAUGCAUCUUCACGACGCGGCGUUUCUGGGCCCCGGCCUGCUGUUUCUGGAUCAGUACUUCAACAGCUUCAUCGACGAGUAUCUGGUGCUGUGGGUUUCUCUGGUUCUGUCUCUCUUCGAUCUGGUGCGCUACUGCGCCAGCGUCUGCAGCGAGAUCGCAUCCCACCUGCACAUCUGCGUCUUCAAGAUCGAGACACAGAGUCCGGCGGUGGCCGUCGAGUGAGCGUUCGUACGCCUUCAUCACAGCCUGCUACUAAACCAGAGCCAGAGGAUCCUGAUUCACUCCAGUCUGGGCUUAGAAGGGAGGAACAGUUAGGCAAAUUCAAUCUGAGAUCGGGAUGGGUUUGUCUCUUCAUCAGAUUUGGAGAAAUGUAGCGUUGCGUCACUUGCUCACCAAUGGAUGUGAAUGGGUGCUGUCAGAAUGGAUGUGAAUGGGUGCCGUCAGAAUGGAUGUGAAUGGGUGCCGUCAGA